UUUCUGUAAUCUAUAGAUCUGACACAAUUUUAAUUUAAUACAUUUUUAAGCUAUUACAGUUUUCUAUAUCACUAAUUUUGACAGUGAUUAAGUAUUUCAUGUAACUGCUAUUGUAUAAUAGAAACCAUGGGAAAAAAAAAAAUCUUAAUUGUUCUAUUACUGUGUUAUUAUGUAAGUGCAUAUUCUCGUUCGAACGAAAAUGAAACUUUGAAAAAAAAAAUUUCUUUAAACAAUGAACCAGAAUUUAAUGUUCGGCACCUUAAUAAACCAUUCAAAAUUAAUAAACUUAAUUUAGUUUGGAGCAAAGCCAAACAGAGAUGUUCAGAACCAGAAUUGAGAUCAUUGCUAUCAGAAUUGCGGAUUCAUGAUGAAGACGAACGGGAACUUAAGAUGUAUAAAACCAAGAACUUAGAUAAGGAUGGAGAAAUGGAAUCUAUUGUCCGAAAAAAGCUUUUAGGUAUAUUGGAUAGAUAUAAAUUAAGCUAUCAUUUUGAUGAGAAUGAACCUCAAAUUAAUCAAACAAAUUUUGAAACACAAGAUCAUGUUUCUGGAGAUUCGUCCAAAGUUGUUGAUAAAUAUUUAUUGCAUGACAAACGAUUAAAUCAACUAUGGGACCAAGCCAAACAAUCUGGUUUUACAAAUAUUGAACUAAUAGCAUUGAAAGAUGAAUUUUUAAGCCACCAAAAAAAAAUUGAUGAAUUUUAUUCAUUAACAAAUGAAAUUGAACACAUGCAAAAUGAUAUACCUAUAACAAUUUCUAAAGAAGGAUUAAAAGACAAUUUGAAUUCAUUACAUGAAUCUCAGGGUUAUACUGACUUCAGUCAUAAGCAAAGAAAACUACAGAAUCGAAUACAUGAUAUAAAAGAUAGUUUUGAUCGUCUUCAUCGGCUAUCGCUUACUGGUCCUAAUAGUGAAGAGUUUGUGGAACCUAAAGUACAAGAAAUCUGGAUUAAAGCUCGUGAAACAAAUUUUAAUAAAGAUGAACUGCAACUUCUGCAUGAUGAAUUAAAAGAGUAUGAGCGACGAUUAUUAAAACUUCGACAUUUGAAUGUGGAUCUAGCAGCUGGAAAUGAACAUAAUGAUAUUGAAAAAAAAAUUAAAAAAGAGAGUAGAAAUGUGCAAAAGUUACAUAAAAUAUUAGAAGACAAAAUAAAUAAACGGAGAGAAGAAUUAUAGACUUAUACUGUUGUCAUUCUUGGAAAAAAUUAUUUUUUUAAUUUUAUAUUUAUUUAUACUGAUUGUAAAUAUUAAUUUUAUAUCAAUGGUAACCAGA